ACUAGAGAGGCUCAGUAUUACCUUCUUCUGUUGUUGGGGUCCACAUUGUUCGUAGAUAACAGUAAGGACCGCGUUUCUUCUAUUAUCAACUUGAUUGUGAAGAGGGCAGAGAUACUGGGAGAGUACGCGUGGGGGGCUGGAGCACUUGCUUAUCUAUAUAGGCAGCUUGGUAGUGCCUCACAGGCGGAGGCUAAGGGAGUGGCGGGUUGUCUGACUUUACUACAGUGUUGGAUUUACGACCACUUUCCUACCUUGAGGCCUAGUCGCUUGGAGCCACGACACCUAGAGCAAGGGAAGACAGGGGGCACUCAUGUGGCAUGUUAUCUCACCUCAGUCGACAAAGAAGAAGGAUACACUCAUGCUGGCUUAGUAUCGUUAGGCGAUUGA